CCCCCCCCCGGGCCGCUGCUAGGAAGCAGAACUGGGGUGGCAGUGGGGGGUUUCAGACGGGGUUUUGAUUUCGUUUGUCGCGACUCGCGCGUCGCUGCUGUUCCAGGUUGCGAACUUUAAGCUCCAAGGCGAUAGGGGCCAUCCCGGGAGACGGACACUCGUCCAACGGUCCAACAGCAGAGAAUAAACUCGUCUACGGAGUCGGCGGCCCCUGACCAGACAUUCAGGGUGUCAGUUACCCGCAGAAUAGAGUCUUGUUGCAACGCUCCCCCCGCCCUCGCCGUCCCAUAAAACCCUGGGAUGACGGCCCUCAUAGGACGAACCCCCCCUCUCGGAGGAGCCGGUGUCCUGCUCAUUUCGCUCGGGGGAGGGCCUUCGACCUUCCUCUCGUCGAGCUUCGUGUGUUCCUUUGACCGUUUCCUGACCGCAUGUCCUUGCGCCGUGUCCCCUUGGGCUGGUAGCGAGUCAGGGCGGCACACGCGACUGAGACUCUCCGCGGCGACGGCGCGUGCAUUGCUAAAACGUGGUCCGUCGGACCUGUCUUUCGUAAUCAGCCGGCCGCCUUCGUCUUCGAGGACGAGACCGAAUUGCCGAUGCUGGUUGUGCAGACAGACAGACAGACAGACACACAGUCAACGUGGCGAGGAGCUGAGGCAAGACUUUGAGCAUCACAGCAGCGUUUCGUCUCGAGGGGCGUUUCCGCGUAUUCGGCGUUGCAAAGACGUUUCUUGGUCAGUUAGACGCGUUGGUCAAGGUCGCCAGCCGCAAAAAACACUCGUGAAUCACGUUCGCAUACAUGCCGGUUGGCGAAACCAGCCUUUGAUGGAUCAAACCGACGCGGUUGGUUUGCGCGCGUUGUGAAGACAAGUUUCGGUUCUCCCGUGGAGGUGGAAGGGGGUCCGGGACUAGAGUCGCCUUGGAGAUAUCACUGACACUCUGCUCAGCCAACUGGUC